UAGUCCCCACCUUAGACGAAUCUGAGAAAGAUGAAAUAGCUCAGUAAGAAAUAAGCGCGCGUUUACUGAACACACAAGUUAAAUCUAAACAUGAAGUUUGUAGUUAUUUUGUUCGUGUGCAUAUUCGUAGCGCUUGCCAACGAAGCCCAAGCCACCGAACAACAAUCAAAAUCCAGCGAAGUUUCCGGAGGAGGUCACGAAUCCAAAGGUGCGAAACAGAGCGAGUUUAAACACGUGAAAAAAAGCGGAAAGUCGUCGAAGAAUGACGCCGAAAAGGGACGGAAGGGUCAGAUGAUGAAGGAGAUUCGCAAGAAGGUGACUGGUGCAGGUGGUGGGAAGAAGACCAAGCACCAUGACGAAGACCACCACAGGGUGUACAAACACAAGAAGGGAGGAUCAGCACAUGGGGGAAAAUUCCGGGACGGAGCGAAGAGGAAGAAACUCAACUACAAAAAGGGGUUCAGGGAGAAGUACCACAAGGACGAGGAGAAGAAACACAACAGUUUCUACAGCAACGGCGACAAGAGUGGAGAGUUUGAGGUGUACGGGCAAAAACAUUCGAAAUACAACGCCAAGUUCUCAACCAAGAAAAAAAUAGAAAAGCACCAGGGCGCUGAGGAGCAAAAUGACUACAAGAAGGCUGCGGCGAAGGUGGGAGGUCACGACACGAGCGAGAAAAAAGGGCACAAGGACGAACAUGCGACGAAGAGCCACCACAACCACCAAGAAAAGUACGCCAAAAAGGGUGGAAAGAAGGGCGGCAAGCAGUACAAGUACAAAGUACCCCCGCCUAAGUAAUUACCAGACAUUCAAAACAACGGUUACUUUAUUCCGACUGCUCUAGUGCAAUCGUUAGUUAUUUAUUACGAUACAGUUAUAAGCAUCAUAUUUUUGUUAAACUUGUUCAAUUACAAAUAAACUCUUUUUAAAAAUUCAAAGAAAA